CAAUAACCCAGUCUUCCCCAGUAUGCCCCCCCUCUCUGUGAAGGAGAGCAGCACUCCAGGCACUCUGGUGGGGACAUUUACAGCCAAUGACGCAGAUAAAAAUGGAACUUUGAAUACCAAGAUCACUUACAGUCUCGUCAAACAAGAACCUGCAGAGAGCAAGGUUCACUUUUACAUUGAGAAAGACUCUGGGGCUAUCCAUGUCAAGGAAGACCUACUGGACAGAGAGAGGCAGAGCUCCUACACCCUGACAGUGAAAGGUGUGGAUAUGGGUGGAGCUCCUGAUGGCAGAUCAGGCACAGGAACAAUCCAGAUCAAAGUCACUGACAUCAACGACAACGUGCCCACUCUGGAACAGGACUCGUACUCUGCACAUAUCAAAGAGAAUGAGCAAGGUAAGGAGGUUCUGAGGAUGCAGGCUUUGGACAAUGAUGAGGCGCCAACUACAAACUGGCUUGCUGAGUUUGAGAUUGUCACUGGAAAUGAAGAUGGAAUAUUCACCAUCUCGACUGACCCUGUUACCAACGAAGGCAUCCUUAGGCUGGUGAAGCCUGUGGACUUUGAACUAAACCCUGACAUCCAACUCGGGGUCAUAGUAUCCAAUGUUGCCCCAGCCGCAGGAGCAGGUCUGGGGGCGGGUGGAGGGGCCGACUCUGGGGGUGGGGGUGGUGGUGAUGGCGAUGGAGAUGGUGAUGGAGAUAUGGACUUGGACAUAGAUGCAGAUCUGGGGAUAGGUGUGGGGGCAGGUCUAAAUGCAGGGGCAGGUCUAGAUGCAGGGGCAGGUCUAGGUGUUGGGGUGCGGAUGAAUGCAGGAGUUAAUGUAGGAGCUGGAUCAACAGGAGGCACGGGAAUCAAUGCACCUGGAGCAAAUGCUGGACUAGCACCAAACACUGAAGUGGGGGCAGCAACAGGUGCAAGCGGUUCUGAAAACAAAAAAACAACCAAGAAAAGACCAGUGAAAGGCAAAGUGUAUGAUGUGAACAUUGAGGUGGAGAACGUGAUAGAGGGAGCAACCUUCAUACCUGCAGUGAUGCCGGUUCAAGUCUCAGAGAAACCAGAGGAGCUGCCUGAGGACGGGGUCAUUGCAGUGUACCGGGCCACAAGUGAUGAAACGGGAGAGCCGGCGGACAAUGUCAUAUAUGCUAAAGACUACGAUCCAGAAAGCCUGCUGAUUGUCGACCCAGACACCGCAGAAAUAAAACUACAGAAGGUUCCGGACCGAGAGUCUCCAUUUGUGGUCAAUGGGACGUACUACGCCAAAAUACUCUCCAUAACCAAGGAUGCGCCAUAUACCACGUCCACCGGGACAUUAGCCCUGCAGGUGAAGGAUUCCAAUGAUAACUGCCCCACCCUGACCUCCACACUGAAGUAUGUGUGUGAGGACACCCAUGUAAUCAACAUCACAGGACAUGAUGAAGACGAAGACCCCAAUGGAGCCCCCCUCUCCUUCAGAGUGGUGACAGAGAAGACACGGGGGAAUUGGAGGGUUCAACCCAUUGAUGGUACCCAUGCCUCUCUCCACUCCUCCACUCCUUUCUGGGCAGAAGAGGUCCACCAGAUCUGGUUGGAGGUUUUGGACCAGCAGGGCCUGUCCUGUCCGGAGCCUCAGAACCUGGAGGUACGUGUGUGCUUGUGUGAGGACGUGGAUGCCUGUGCAGUAGCAGCCAGUGUCCUGGAACAGAGGGACCCACUCAAGGAGUCUGCAGCCACAUUAGGAGCACUGGGGGCAGGUGUGAUGAUCCUGGCCCUCCUCAUUCUGCUCCGUAAGUUCUGUUCAACACAAUGGGUUUAA